AUGGUGUACAAAUCGUUGACUGACAUCCCUCGAAACGUCAAGGAAGGUAUUGACUGGUUGAUAGCGUUGAGGGGAACGGAUGCGGAAACGAACUUCAACGCUAUGGGUGUUGCACUUCACAAAUUACUUGCAGACAAGCCAGUUGGUACCAUGAAGGUGCCAGCGCUGGAGAAUGUUAAACAAAUUUCCAAGCAGUUCAUGGAGCAAACGCAACUUAGUAGUUACGGAUUUGUAAGAGAAAUGAUCUCGAGAUAUAAUAAGCGUAUGAGUAAAAGAAAGCCCUGCUUUUUAUAUAAAAGCUUUAUUCGUGGAGACCAAGACGAAUGUCAUUAUAUGAACGUUGUGAAGGCCCAUAAUGUCACUGCCGAGCUGAUGUCAGCGCAGAUGACUGGUAUUACGUCUAGUUGUGAAAGGUUCCUGGGCCAUAUUCGAAACCCUGGCAAGUACAAGUCCGCUUACAGUCCGGAAGCGACGUGGCAGGCAUCAUGUGCGCAGGACCCAGAGGGUUGCGCAGUAAUCUUCGUGGGCAUUGCACCAAUGUUGUACGCAGGCAUAAUAUGUUUGUGGUUGGCAAGUGCCCCCCCAUUAUUAAGAUGGAGCGAAACUACAGACAACACGCAUUUAAGAAUUGUAAUGAAAGAGUUGGGUUACGUAGUGCCAGAAUGCCUCGAUGGCCUGACCCGCUUGCAUGUCCGCGAGGCGUUGAGAGAUAUGCAUCAUCGUCUAUUAGACGUCGUAUACGACAUGGCAGGAUUUUGGGCUUUCUAUUGA